AUAAAUUAAUGGAAGGCGGAGCUUAACCAACUACAAAUGAAGCAAAGGAGGGACAUGAAUUGCAUGUUCAGACCUUAGAAAAUAAGAUUAGAGAGCUUCCACUUAAGGAUAGACUCAAGGCUAUUGCCAUCUAACAUCAUUAUCUAUAAAAGGAGAAACUAGAUUAGGAAUGCGAAGAUAAGAUCCACGCCCUUUAAAAGCAAUAUGAUAUCAAAUCUUUACCAAUCUAUGCAGAAUAACAAUCCCUCAUUAAUGGCUAAAGAGCUGUGAGUGCAGAGGAACAAGAACUAUUCAAGGAUUUCUUUUCUGAAUCUGAAUUAUAGGAAGCCUAAUAAAUUGCCUAAAAAGCUGAACCAAUUGAAAAUUAUUGGGGAACUGUCUUAACAAAUUGCGAUAAUUUAUCUCAUGUCUUUGGAGAGAAGGACAAGGACAUCCUUAAAUUCUUAACCUCAAUUGUUUUGGAAACAUCAGCUGAUACUGAAGUCUUCACUCUUAGAUUCACAUUCAAAGACAAUGAGUACUUCAAGAACAAAGAAUUGACAAAGAAAUUUAUCAUUGAAGAAGGCAAAGACUUCCCAACAAGUACAGUUGGAACUGUGAUAGAAUGGAAUGAAGGCAAAGAUGUUACAGUUAAGAUUGUCGAAAAGGUAUUGAUUAAUCAGUAUUUUAGAAAUAAAAAAACAAGAAGACUGGAGCUUCAAGAACCAUCAAAAAGAAGGAAACAUAAUUGAGUUUCUUCAAUUUCUUCAAGAAUUCAGAAGAUAAGGAUGAAGGAGAAGAAGAUGGAAAAGCUGGAGUAUUUAUAUUUAUGAUAAAUUAUAGAAUAUUGAGCAAGAUUAUGAAAUUGGAAAGACCGUUGCGGAGGAGGUCAUUCCUUAUAGUUUGGAAUAUUUCUUAGGAAUUAAUCCAGAUGAUGAAGAUUAUGAAGACGUUGAUGAAGAUGAAGACGAUGAGGAUGAUGAGGAUGAAGAAGAUGAUGAUGAUGAGGGUGAUGACAAAAAGAAAAAGAGCGUAAGUUUAAUUUUAUAUAUAUUAAUAGUAAAGAAAGAAGAGUGGUGACAGCAAAAAAUCUGAUAAGGGCAAAAAAGGAAAAGCUGAAAAACCAGAAUGCAAAUAAUAAUGAGAGUAUUGGUUUGUGUAC